UUUUCAGACUGCCUUUUCACCGUCGACAUCUAGCAAUCACACUGUGUGAAUGAUCUAAUUCCAUCAACCAUCAGCUAUCCAUCUCGUCCAAAAUUCUCAUUCCGAUGAAGGUCGCAACUCCACCAGACAUCAAAGUUAGUGUAGCGGAAGUAUGCGAGGUCCGAGGUGCUGGAUUAGAGGCCCAUGAGCUGCUUUCCCUAGCAGCAUCUGCUGCCGAAUGUUUACCUCCAUGUCCGAAAGGGACCGUGUUUGACACUGAAAAUGUAUUUAUCUCAAGCCGAGGGACAGUUGAGAUAAAAACAAUUCCACAAUCGAAGGCAGACCCUAGUUUCAUACCUCCGGAAUGGUCGAAAGGUGACGAUGAUCCUGGAGCGGCAGCCGUUUAUUGUAUGGGAGCAGUCCUACGAGCUGCUGGAGCCGAACAUGCCGCUGAUGUCGACUUAUUCUCACUGGUGAAUAUACUUACCGUAGCCAUGGUCGGGACGAGACCUACGGCUCAUCGAAUGGGUCUCAUGGCUAAGAACCAGCUACGCGGACGAGAUCCAACAGUAUGUUUGAUAACAAUCUAUGAGGAGAUUAUGGGUGAUGAGGAGACUAAUCAGCUAGAAGACGGCGAUUACUCCAUGGAUGAAGAUGAUGACGACAUUGGAGCAUUGAUAGGGAAUCCACCACAACGUAUCGCUAAUGGCAGUUUGCCAACGGUUACGGUGACAAAUGUUUCCAAUGUGUCACAACAGUCAGUGAAAAAAGCUGUCGAUUUUUUCGACGAAGAUGAGGAAAUGGAAUCUAGAGCUCAUUCUGCGUCCACGUCGUCUGGUCACAGUACGCAAAAAGAUCAUUCACCAUUCUUUGUCGAUCAUGAAAUUGACUCGAAAAAAGAUGCAGUCAACUCCUCAUCUGCCGCUCCAGUUCCAUCAGCCAACGAAAGAGCGAUGGAAAGCCUAGGCAGUCCAACAAGCGGAGAAAGUACACGGUUAGAGGAAACCUAUAUAGAGGAGCAUUCAAUAGAUCUAGAUGUUUCGUUUGAUAAGCAACUUGAGACGAGUUUAGUAGAAGAAACGAAGGCUAUACCGAACUAUAGUAAGAGCAGUGGAGCAAAGCAGUUCAAAGAAUCCAAGAGAGAAGAUACAUCAUCUGACGAGGAUCUUGACUUUGAUGAUGGAAAGGUGCAGCCUAGAAGGUCCCUUGAAGACGAACAGCCCUCAUCUUUGGCCCAGAUCAGGGAAAAAGCUCGGAAAUCAUUACCCCAUCAAACUUCGUCUAGAACAUCUACAGAGUCUGAUCGUGACAUCUCCAAGUCGAAACCGCUCAUCAAUCAUCAACCUCUUGUACAUAAGUUUUCCUCUUCCGAUGAAGAUAUUGUACAAGCACGUAUUGAUGAUGACGACGAUAUGAUAGCCCCAGCGCCACCAAGAAGGCGAAGUUAUUUCGAUGAUAUCACCGAAGUCCGAGAAGAAUUGUCAAAGACCGAGAUGGAGACAAGUUGGAAACGACCAAAUCAGAAUCAGCCUAAGGAAGCUGCUACACCUAGUCCUUUGACGUCGACUCCUGGAACUUCGCAAGCUGAAGAUACCGCACCUUCUGCACGAUCGAAAGAAAGUUCAAUUUCUAUGCUUGACGAGGAGGAUAUCGCCAGUGAACGAGAAGAUCAAGAUCGUACACAUGUCGAUGCUGUCGUGAUUACGAAAACUCCACAAGAGCCAGUGAAACCUUCCGAAACCGCUGACGAAGAAUCGACGAUCGACGCAGCGUUUGAAGACGCAAUUCGGCAGCGACGGCGUAGUAACGUGCCAUCUGUAGCGGACGGAAUUCUGUCACCGCCGACGCCACCUCCACCAUCGGCACCAGCCGUGAUCAGAAAUGAUUCUCCGCGUUUCGAGAGGCAUAAUUCGUUGUUACCUAAUCGAAUAAGCGGAAGACAAUCGAAUAGAAGUAUGCGAGGAAAGAGGAAGACUAGGGCUGUGCCCGAGUUCUUUGAUCAUUCUCGACAUCCUAGCAUUCGGCUGAAAGCUCCAAGUGCCAAAAAGAAGAAAGUGACCUUACUACGAGUUGAACAAGCGGAUGUACAGGUGGAAUUGCUCAAUGGUCAACGGGUGGAGGUUUCCUGUCGAAGUGAUGCUGUUGCUCGUGAUAUCUUCUCACUUGUCGUUCAACAUAUGAACAUCAACGAGCAUGUCUUUUUCGGGUUGAGCUUCAUAAAAGAUGGUGAACAUUUCUUCUUGGAAGAUCAUCAACGACUAGAAAAGUUUGCACCACCUGGUUGGAAAAGUGCUCAUAAGAAUGGAAUACGUACUCAGUUUAUACUCUACUUACGGUUUCGAUUUUAUCCUCAAGUGCUGGAUUUUAUCAAGACUGAUGUCACUAUGCAUGAGCUAUACCUCCAAGUACGUCAUGAUGUCAUUGAAGAACGGAUACAACCUCGACGGGAUGCUGCCUAUGAGUUGGCAGCUUUGGCUUUACAAGCCGAAUUUGGCAAUCGUCCACCACCAGUAAUCCAUGAUUACUUCGAUAACCAACACUACUUACCUCAGCGUUACUGCGCAAGCGACGACCCGAAACGCUUGCAGUCGGUGUUGUCCGAGAUGCACGGACAUUAUGCGGGUACAAAAUCUGUAGACGCUGAGCACAAGUUCAUCCAAAUCUGCCAACGACAUCGAGACUUCGGAGCUCAUCUCCACCGAGUGUUCCGAAAUAAACCGACUGGAAACCAUGGCGCCGCUCCGUUCGAUCCAGACACCGGAGCGGCCCUGUGGGUAGCCAUAAUGCCUAGAGGCAUUGGGGUCUAUGAGGAGCAGGGUUCAGUCAGGGAACUCUUGGCUGAACAUUUGUGGCAGGAUACGCAGACAUUGCAGUUCGAUAAGAAGAAGUUCGUGAUCAUUGCGGUUGAGGGUAACCAACAGACUGAGUCCAUCUUCUACACAGAUCAUCACACAAAAUCGACUUACAGGAGCGCAUACUUUGUGAAGUUCUCCGCGUCACAGCAUCGGUUCAUGAUGCGAAUGCGGCAAUGGAAAUCCACUCUGAGACACGAGAGCACGAUACAGGCAAUGCCCGAUGUUUGCGUCGAAGGACGAGAUCCACCGCAACCCCCUCAGCGAGAUGUCGAUGAACCUAUGGAAGAAGCGCCAUCGCCAUUAGAAGCCGCUGAAUCAAUGUUUGCGAAGAUGCCAACGGUGACACAUCCGGAAACGGAGACUACUCCACAGCCAGCUCCAGCUCCACAACGACCGCAAUCGCUUGAAGUUUCGAACAGAGAUCGUACAGUUUCUGUCGAGAAGAACAGAGAUCGUACAGCAUCUGUCGAGAAGAACAACAAUCAAGACUCGAUCAAUAAUUCAAUGGUUGAACGAUUUGAAACACUGCAUCCGGUAGAAUCACCAGACGGAGAAUUCCCUGGCAUGCGCUUUGAGGUCACUCUGGUUAAGGACCCAUCAAAUGGCUUGGGAUUGACCUUGGUAGAUGGAAAUCUGAAUGGCGUCAAAGGUGUCUAUGUGAAGUCUGUGGCAGAAAAUGGUGCUGGCAUGCGAGCGGGUCUCAGCGUUGGUGACCGGCUUGUAGGCGUUGAUGGUAUGUCACUAGAAGGUGGUGACCGUCACAGGGCUGUCGAACUCGUCCGACAAUCUGGUGACUCUGUUCGGAUGGAGAUCGCUAGGUUGGAUGGCGUCGUUCGGCAUGAAAAAAUGCACAGUGGUGAUGCAGCAAAGAAAUUAAGCUCAGGCGGAACACCAGGAGUGUUGACCGUAACUCCACAAAAAGGUGUUUCCCGAACACCUCCCGCACCCAGACGAGCUGUCAACCGUCGCCAAAGAGCUGUCUCUGAUUUUGGAGCCAUUGGUGACACCUUACCUGCUCUUGACAGCGAUAGUGUUAUCAACAUCAAAGCUAUUUCUGGGUUGCACCUGGAUGAAUCAGACGAGGAACAAGGUGAAUAUCGACUGCCAACCUCCUCGAUGUAUUCGUUUGAGAAUCACUAUGAUGAUGAUAGUCCAUCAUCGCCAAAGACCUCAGAAUCCGUGUCGCCUACAGAACUGGCACGCCACGCUGUUCCAGCACCGGAGGGAAGGCGGAAAUAUCGUUAUGCUAGGAAAUCUAAUCUAGAAUGGACGGACGAGUUGGAAGAAGUCGGUGAAGAAAAUGAGACAGAGGACGACAUCAUAAAUGUGGAACUGGAACGAAACUCUGUCGGAUCCCUUGGUGUACAAAUCGCCUCCGUAAGUGGCCGAGUCUGUAUUAAACAGCUAACAUCAGAACCAGCCGCAAGCCAUCCUGAUAUCCAUGUUGGGGACACCCUCGUCUAUGUUAAUGGCGAAGCAGUCGCAAACAAAUCCCAUCAAGAAGUUGUUUCAAUGCUAAGAAGCGGUGGUAACGUAGUCACCCUAGGCUUAAGGCGAGAACCUGAAAAGAAAGGAAAUAUCAUCACUGCAGUGUUGGAGAAGAAACCUGAGGGUUCGCUAGGUCUGUCGUUGGCCAAGAGAACUGGUUCCGAGGGUAUUUUCAUUAGAAUGAUCGCUGCUAAUUCAGCUGCUGCUGUGGAAGGCAGUUUACGCGUAGGCGAUCGCCUUCUCUCACUAGAUGGUGAAAGUGUCACUGAUUUGACGCCGACAGCGAUUCUGGAGCGGUUACGAGCCAUUCAAGGAGCUGUUCACGUCACUGUAUCAAGGGAUCCCCAAUGAGUUCGCUAGCUUUUCUAGCGUCAUUGUCUUCCCACCAAUCUUCACUGAACUUUUUUUUUUCAAAUUUUUACUACUUCUGGCUCGGUUCUUAUAGUGCUCGAUCCGGUCAUACUUGGUUCUAUUCAUGUCGUGAAUGUCCCCUUAUUGUGCUAGAAAUUUCUAUUCUUCUGAGAUCUGUACAUAUUCGAGUACCUUGCGACCUACUUAAUUAACUGUGCUUAUCACUGAAAUCCUUACUGCUACACAAGUGUUCGUGCCUUAAUGAUUGCUCAUCGAUAUUCGAUUAUAGCGCUAUAUGUGAUUGAUAUCCUAUAUUUGUGAUAUUUUGUAGUCGGCAACACUUCAAAAUGAGCGAGUAUCUCCCCCAUGACCGUAGUAGGCCGUCGUGCCGCUGAUUUGUUGUGUGACUACACCACCCACGUCAAAAGUGCCCCAUGAUUCACGUGAUUUGUGGCACUUAUCAAAACUUUUUUGCACCAUAUCUAUCUCUGAGUUCAGGUGCUUGUUGUGAG